AUGGGGAGCCAGGCCGCCCUCCGCAUGCUGGCUGGCUCCUUGCGCAGGGAGCCGCCGGAGCGCACGUGCAAGGUGCUGCUCGAGACCGCGCACUUCGAGGUGCGGGCGGGCACCGGUGAGGCCGUGCGGGACUUCCUGCGCUGCCUGACCCUGCGCCUGCCGCACCAGGGGCCGGUCUACUGCGACGCCUGCCGCGUCGAGAGCAUCCUGGGGACUGCCCGGAGUUCGCUGGCCAUCGCAGAGCGUGGCGUGCAGGCGUGCCUGAAGUACGGGCCGCUCUGGUUUGUGUUGCUGCACUACGCUGAAAAGGCGUACGGUGCCUGCGCAGUGAGGGACUACGCGUCGCUGGCGCUGCAGAACAUGUCGCACGAGCUCCACUGGAAGGUCCACUUUGAGACGGCUGCUGCGUUCGGCCGCGAGGGGCUCUACGCGGAGAGCCGCCAGAGCGUUGGCCAGGCGGCCCUGCACUGCCCGAAGCACCUGCGCUGGAAGGUGUGGCUGCUCGCGGCGAGGUCGGAGCUCUGGGCGGGCUCCACGGGCACCUGCAGGAAGCUGCUGGACCAGGCUCGUUCCGACGCGCCGCCCAGGAUGCAGGUGUCCGUGUGCAUCGAGGAGGCCCGCGCCCAGGAGUUCCUCGGCGAGCCAGAGAGUGCUCGCGCCGCACUGGCGGAGGCGCACGUGUGCGAGGGCCACGACUGGAAGAUAUUCCUGGAGCACAUCUUCAUGGAGGCCCGCCAGGGCUGCCUGCCCAAGGCGAAGGAGGUGGCGCUCUCCGGCCUGAGCCUUCACCCGGCCACCGGGCGGCUCUGGUCUGCCCUGAUCAUGCUGGAGCACAGCAUGGCCGGCGCGGAGGGGGCCACGACGGCGCUGGCCACCUUCCACAAGGCAGUGAAGGAGGUGCCCAAGAGCGGCGAGGUAUGGUGCGAGGGCGCCCGCGUCUUCCUGAACCCGCUGGCACCUCACUUCAACCUUGCCCUGGCACGGAAAUGCCUGGAGUUUGCCGUCUACCUCACGCCGCAGUACGGCGACUCCUUCCUCGAGUGGCUGCGCCUCCGCAUCCUGCUGGAGCUGCAGGCGCGGAUGCGGACCGACCCCCUCGCCGUGGGCGUGCUCGGCCGCGGGGCGCGCCCGAGGCACGAGGUCUCCUGCCUGGAGCGCAGCCGCCGGAGGACGAUUGCCGCCCUGGUCUCUCGGCGAGCGAGCCAGGCCGUCGCCGACGAGCUCCGUCUGGGGCGCCUCGACUUCAGCGCGACCUCCGCGGCAGACCUCUGCCACGACGGCAGCGCAGGCGAGGGCGGCGGUGCUCCGAGCCUGCGCCUGGCCGAGCUCGAGGUGCAGUGCGCGUACGCGGACCCGAACUACGGCUUCCUGUGGUUCUGGUGCCGCCAGGGCUCGCUGAGCGCGCCCGCCGACGUGCUGUCCUGCAUGCGCGAG